UCAGGAGGAGAUGGGGGUUUGGUUUGAACAGGAGUCAGAAGGAGACAGGGGUUUGGUUUGAACAGGAGUCAGGAGCAGACAGAGGUUUGGUUUGAACAGGAGGAGUCAGGAGGAGACACGGGUUUGGUUUGAACAGGAGGAGACAGAGGUUUAGCCUGGACAGAAGGAGACAGGGGUUUGGUUUGGACAGACUGAGUGGCGUUUAUUUGGAGAUCAGGCCAUGAUGAAGCUGCAACUCGACCUCCUGCUCCUGCUGUGCAGCUCCAUCUAUCUACAACUUCUACAACUUCUCCAUCACACUCAUGCUCACACUGCAGCUCUUUGGGAAGCCAGUCCUUCAUACUGGAAUGAACAAGCAAAGAAAACGCUGAAUGAUGCACUUAAACUCCAGCCGCAGACUCACAGGGCCAAAAACAUCAUCCUCUUCCUCGGUGAUGGAAUGGGAGUGUCCACUGUCUCAGCUGCCCGAAUCCUGAGAGGACAGAUGGAUGGAGGAUCAGGGGAGGAGACUGUCCUCGCCAUAGAUAGGUUUCCUUACCUCGCACUGUCAAAGACAUACAGCGUGGAUAAACAGGUAGCGGAUAGUGCGAGCACGGCUACAGCGUACCACUGUGGUGUUAAAGCAAACUCUAAAACAGUGGGUUUAAGUGCAAACGCCAUCCCUUAUGAGUGCAACACCACCUUCGGAAAUGAAGUUUACUCCAUCCUGCACCGUGCUAAAUUACAAGGUAAAUCAGUAGGCAUUGUGACCACCACUCGAGUCCAGCAUGCGUCUCCGGCAGCGGCGUAUGCACACUCAGUGAGCCGCAGCUGGUACAGUGAUGCUGAUUUACCACCCGAAGCCCAACAAGAUGGCUGUGUGGACAUUUCCACUCAACUCAUCACCAACACCGACAUCGAUGUUAUUCUUGGAGGUGGACGGAUGUACAUGACACCCAAAGGCACUCCGGAUCCAGAAUAUCCAUCUUCUUCGUCACGGAAAGGUGACCGCGAGGACAAGAGGAACUUGAUCGAGGCGUGGCUGGAUGAGCGGAAGGACAGACAUGCUCAGUAUGUUUGGAAUAAAGAGCAGUUUAACGCAGUGGAUGUGAACACUACAGACUGUCUGAUGGGGCUGUUUGAACCCAAGGACAUGAGGUUUGAGGUGUUCAGGAACAAGACACGUGAUCCCUCCAUUGUGGACAUGACUGAGAAAGCCAUUCAGAUCCUCAAGAAGAACCCAAAUGGAUUUUUCCUCUUUGUAGAAGAUGAGGGCAGGAUUGAUCACGGCCACCACGCUGGCAUCGCUAAACUGGCACUAACAGAGACAGUGAUGUUCGACCGAGCGGUUCGUCGAGCAUCUCAGCUCACCAAAGAGUCCGAAACUCUCACCAUUGUCACUGCAGAUCACUCACACGUCUUCACGUUUGGUGGGAACACACCCCGGGGGAACCCUAUUUUUGGUCUGGCACCAAAGAAUGCAGACGACAGACUUCCAUUUACUAGUAUCCUGUAUGCGAACGGGCCCGGAUACGUGCACGUAAACGGGACGAGAGCGAACAUCUCGGCAGUGGAUUACUUCGAUGAGGAAUACAUGCAGCAGGCCGCUGUGCCGUUAGAUGCCGAGACUCAUGGAGGUGAAGAUGUGGCAAUUUACGCUAAAGGCCCGAUGGCGCAUCUUUUCCAUGGCGUUAAAGAGCAACAUUACAUCGCUCAUGUGAUGGCAUACGCUGCCUGCCUCCAUCCCUACACUGACUGCCCCCCUGAGCUUAACUCCUCCCCCCAACUCUCUCUCUCUCUGUCCCUCAGUUUAUCAUGUGUAGUGAUUUGGUUCAGCUCAAGAUGACGGCGUUAAUCUACCUCUGUGCUCCAACAUGGGUUUUAAUGCACCCUCAUCCACUUCCCCUUGGUGAAGUCCCCUAAGUCGUCUUAAGAGCUUUUACCUGUAAAGAGAAGAUGAGGUUGAAAAUUGAUCAUGUGAUAUUCCUUCAGAUCAACAUGAAAUGUGCCAUAAAAUACUGGUUUUAAUUACACAAUAUGCUAUCUUUACAACAUUAGCUGCCUAAAUACAACACUAAACUAUUAUACUGUGUAAUUAAAACAAGAUGCUAGCAUGAAUUUGCCAGCAUGUUAGCUAAACACAAUCAGUUGUGUAUGUGUAAGGGGAAGUUGCUGAGCAUUUGCUGAAGACUUUAUUUGAAACUCAGGGGUGGUUUUGUAACAGAUUCCCUUUUUUAUAUAAAUUUUGUUUUGCAGUUUUUCAAUCGUUUCACCCAUCCAUGAACAACUAUAUAAAGAAAAUGCCUUAAAUAGAUGUUAAUGUGUCUUUUUUCUUUUUUUUUUUUUUUGUUUGUUUUAAAUGAGCAAAUUUUCUCAGCAGAAGUUUAUAUUUACACUACUGUAUAAUGCACACUGAACCAAAUUUAAAAAA